AUGGGCCAGGCCUGGCCUAGCCGGGCCAGGCCGGCCUGCUCAUUUGCGGCCAGGCCGGCCUCAGCCGCCAGGCCGGCCUACUUCCAGGCCAGCCCCGCGCCAGCCGCCAGCCUGGCCUUAGCCAGCCAGGCCGGCUCAGCUGGGCCAGGCUCGGCCUCAGCUCGCCAGCUCGGCCUAGCCGUGUGCCCAGCCCAGCCGCCAGGCCGGCCUCAGCUGCCAGGCCGGGCCUCAUCGGUGCCAGCCGGCUCAGCUGCCAGGCCAGCCCCAGCCGGGCCAGGCCGGCCUCAGCCGCCAGGCCGGCCUCAGCCGGGCCAGGCCGGCCUCCAGCUGCCAGGCCGGCCUAGCCAGCCGUGUGCCUGCCUAGCCAUGCUAGGCUGGCCUAUUUGUGGCCAGGCUGGCUUCAGCUGCCAGGCUGCUUCUAGCUGGGCGCCAGUUUAG